UAGUCAUAUCAUUACUGCUAUUUAAUAUUGCUUAUAUUAUAUUAUUUAUUUAGUUAUUUGUUUGAUUAUUUGGGUUAGUUAACCCAGCAUUUCUGCUUACUCUUGUCUACUUACUCUCACCUCAUUCUAAACACAUAUGACGUCCUUUCUUCAGUUAACAUGAAAUGAAAACUGAGAAAGUGUAUUUUACAUACAAUGACACUGAACUAUUUCUUUAAAUUUGGAAUACACAACUGUCCAUUAGGUGGGGCUACGAUUCUAUUGCCAUAAAUAAACAGACGGUGAGAUCUUAAUUUUUUCAUAUAGACUUUUGCCAACAAAUUGUGUUGCAACUGCGGAUAAAUUAUUAAACUGCUGAAUUGCUUGGACUGUAAAGGCCAAACUGUUUUUUUGAUUGUUUGUUUUUUUCAGCGACAAAACGUCAGCAUAGACAUAAAAUCUAGAUUGGGUCAACUGUAUGUCAAGUUUAAGUUUCAAGUAAUGUAGCUAUUUUUAAUCCUACACUGGUUACUGAAGGAGAGGAAGGCGAUUAUUGGCAUAAAUGGGCGGGGUAAAUUAGCUGCAUGUGCGUUCACUGCACGUUUUCCCUGUCAUUGGGACUGUUGUGGCGGUCAGGAUGAUGAAGCUCUGGCACAUCCGCUUCGAGGAUCAUCCCCAUGCCUAAUCUGCAGCUCACAAGACUUGUCUGUGUAAGGGCAUUAAGACGAGGUUGAAACAUCUGACCAUUCUCCUUGCUGAUGCAGUAUAUAAUAAUUUAGUAUCUGAUCUACUGUAUGCAUCUACCUCUAUUGUAAUAACAUUAGUAUCUUCAGAACUCAAAUGAAAUAACUAAAUAUAUUAAAUGAAACAUUAAGCUAUUUCCCACUGUGAAUGCAGGACCCAGUGGACCUGUGAUUAUAAUGAUUAUUCAGUACUUAUGAUGUUCCUUCAUAUAGUCACAUAGUCAAAUAAAUGCAAGCAUAUAGUUAGAGAUGCUGCAGUUAAGCACAGUUACAGACUGUCUGCUGAUCAGUAAUGCCCGGUCAGCCUGUAGCAAUGAACUUAUCCAGAAGGAGGAGGUCACUCUUUGUAUUAAUGUUUCCAAGCAGCAACCCUUUCCCUCUAUGCGGGUAAGCACUUUGCGUGUACCUGUAUAUGAUGACCCUCAAGAAGACCUCUACAAGUAUUUUGACCGCUGUGCUGAUGCCAUAGCCAGUGAGGCAGAACGGGGAGGCCGCACUGUUGUGUACUGCAAGAAUGGACGCAGUCGCUCAGCUACUGUCUGUGUGGCCUAUUUAAUGAAGCACCAGGGUCUCACCUUGACAGAUGCCUUCCAGGUAGUAAAAAGUGCCCGAUCAGUAGUUGAGCCUAACCCUGGAUUCUGGACUCAGCUGGAGCAAUAUGAACAGGAGCUGAAGAUCAGGAGGUUGGCCAGCCACAGAUCUAACCUCUCUCCACUUUAACUUCAUACCAACAUUUUCUGAUAUGACAUUCUCAAUCUUCAGGGCAUUAUUAAAGCUAAGGCUUCAGCCAUGUUGCUCUUCAAGCUUGCUGCAAAUAAUGAAUACCUUUAUAAUAACAAUAAUAACGAUAUGUGCCUUAAAUGAUUAUAAAGUGUGAUAAUACUAUUAUAUUUUAAAAUAAAAAGGGAGUAUUAAAUAAAAAUUAAAUUAUUUUAUAGUAAACUUAAAAAUAAAAUGCGCGCACACACAAACACAGUUAGAAAGAAAUCUUAUACAGUACAGUUUGUCGAUCUAAACAUAUUUAUAUUUACCAUUUAUAUAAAUAUUAUUUAUAUUUACCAUUUAGCCUACAUAUGUGUUUACAAAUUAUAGGUUAAAUAAGAAAUAUAAUCAUGAUAGGCCUAUAUGUAGAAAUGUAAUCAUCAUAAUGUACCACCCUACAUUUUGACUGAUUUUAGGUUAUUAAAGCAGGAUUAGGGCUCCCAAGAAAGCCUUUUUCUACUAAACUUAAAAAAAAAAAUUUUUUUCAGAGGCAUCCCUCUAACAAACCUAGAAGACCUCCAAAUUGCUAGAAGCAUCACAAUUAUACAUUACCCUCCUAAAUAAUUAUCUCAGUAGGAUUUAAUUUAAUUUAGGCUGCAUGAAAAGAAAAGAUCAAUACUUAAAUAUUUUAUAUAAAUGCAGCACAAAAAAAACAAAGCAGUUCUUCCACUUUACCCUUCCACAGAGAGGGUAUUCAUCAAAGUGCAGUUGUAUGCUGUUGCAUAAAAGAGUCCAUUUAAAAUUUUGUUUAUAUCUCUUUAUUUCCUUGUUCUAUAAAGUAUUCCUUUACUCAGUAUAAUAUUGUUUUGAAAGUGAAUUAUGCUAGAUCUGUAAUUAUCCAUUCUCAGGAAUGGCAUGUUUUCUGAUGCAGUUUUAUGCUUUGCUGUAUUUCGCCACUGUCAGGUUAAAAACUAAUAUAAAUACAUAAAGGUCAUCCCAAAAUUUCUUAAAUCGUUUAACAAAUCUAAGAUGUCUUUGUUGAAUGCUGUACAUUGUAUUGUAGAACUGUAUUUUAGCAUGUCUUAAAUAACAUUAUAUGUUAAGUCCUGUCUUGCAGUAUUUUUUAUUCUUUCGUGUU